AUGCUAAUUCAGGGGAAGAAUGCGUGGUUGUUGACUCCAACACAGACAGUUGAGGCAAAAGAGGCAAAACUUUAUUUAGAGGAUACAACAGCACGAAUAGCUUUAGUUCCUGCUGCUGCUGCAGCAGCAGAAGCAGCAGCAGCAGCAGAAGCAGCAGGAAAUACAGCAGCAGCAGCAGCAGCAAAUGCAGCAGCAGCAGCAGCAGCAGCAAAACCACCAGCAUUCUCUACAACCCCUACAGGAGAAUUCUUAAUCUCUGGAUCUCUUGAUGCUAAUCGAUGUGUUACUGGCAUGGUUUGCACCUAA